UUCGCAAGGCGUACGACUUGCAGUAGAGAGAUGGUCGUGCAAUGAACUAGUCAGUAUCUCGAUACACUUCGUCGCAGCUCACUGUGAAUGCUUGCAAUGUUAAGAAGGCAUAUCACGCAAGUGCAAUUUAAAUUAGUAUUCUACAAAACUCAAGAAAACCCACAAGAUGCACCGAUGUCAUUACCACUGAGGAGAGUUGCAAUAUAAAAGAAGAUCCGUCCGAUUCAACAGAGCCAGGGAAAAAUCUGAAGAAUCGUUAGAAGCCAAAUUUCGAAAUGAGUGUGGCCAACGACGAAAGAGCCUUGUGGAUUAGAAAGGAAGUACUUCCAAGCGUGGAAAAAGCACUUGAGAAAUACAAUGAGGAAAGCACUUCGUACUCCUGGCAAAUGUCUAGCCCAAAGGCAGCUUUUUACGCAUCCAGCGUUUAUUUCGUUCACGGCACAUUGGGCGACAAGCAAAUAGAUCUGGUUAUUAAGACACCACCGAUCGUGGCAGAGUUACGGGCGCUCAUCAAUUGUGACGAUUUAUUUCACAACGAGAUUGUGUUCUACAGGAAAUUUGUCAGGUACUACGAAAACAUACCUAAAUGCAUAUACGCGUCCAACGAGCCUCUGUGCAAUGCUGUCAUUGCGGUAGAAAAUAUCGAGAAACGUGGUUUUAAGAUUGUGCCAGGAUCGCGAUUAAAUUUGGAGUACGUUUUGGCAGCGAUGAAAGAGUUGGGAAGAUUUCAUGCUCGCGGAUACAUUCUGAAAGAGAGCCAACCUGAACAAUAUUUUGAAAUUCUCAAAAACCUACGACAAGGUGGUUCCGAUGAAAAUCAUCAACGGUUCUUUGAAUCCAUUGAAUAUUUUAUUAAAAGAGUUAUCGGUAUGUACGGCUUGAGAGUUAACAACGAUCCUGCUUAUUGGAAGAAAAUGGAAAGCGAUCUCGGUCGGAUAAUAAAACGAGCCAGUGAAACGAGCACUGUCUACGACGAUUCGAUAGCAGUCCUGUGCCAUGGCGAUUUUACCAAAAACAACGUUCUCUUCAAGAGGACCGGCGAUCGGAUAGAAGCGACCCUUAUAGACUUUGCUCAAGUAAAACAUAGCUCACCGGCAAUCGACGUUUCCACUUUGCUCUACGUCUCCACAUUUAAGAAAGAUCGCACCGAACGAUUUGACGAUAUCUUCAAAGCCUACCACGAUGCUCUGCUCGGCUAUCUGCGCGACGAUCAUAAUUUCGCCAUUGAUUUAAAGAAAUAUUCACUCGAAACUUUUAAAGAGGAUUACCACAAGCACAUGGCUCACGGGAUGUUCAUUGCCAGCUACUUUCUACCAGCCAUGUGCGCUAAGCGAAAAAUCAGUAUAAUGGAUUAUUUCUUGAACGAGCGAGAAAUAUACUACGACAUGUUGAUUGAAUCUAACGAGGACACUUUAUUCGAGGAAAUAAUUGAGCUGCUUAUUCAAAUCAAUGAAAUUUAUAAUCUAAACCCCUUCUGAUCGACGAUUGAAGUUAUGACCGUGCAUGCCAUAAUCAGCAAGGAAAGUCACUCGCUUCAUAAACACACCCACAAGUCCGAGUCGUUAUUUCUAUGUUUGGUCCCGAAUUCCUUAUCAGGAGUCUCAUUCGAUAUCAUAAGUCAAGGGGUUAAUAAUGCCCAAACCAGUUAAGCCUGGUCCUUGUAUGAAGUCAUCGAGUGACAACGCCCUAGACAAAUGGUUCAAACUCAAGCACAUGUUAUGAUGAGACCAUACCAUGGAGACAAUGAACUCUGACAGUUUCUAUUUGCGAAAUAUUAUGAAUCCCAUUGUAGUUACUAAGUGUUUAUAAAAUCGAAGGCGUAACUCGGUGUGCACCAAAUUUCUUACGCCAAUUUCCGAAUACGCGUGCGAUGUAAAUAUUAAUUAGUGAUAAUUGAAUUAGAGUGGAUGGCCCUGUCCCAUGGCCAGAGUGAUGGCCAUUCACCUUAGUCAAAUUUUUCGCCUGAUAAACUUUAUCGUAGACAUUCAAGAUCAAUUCUCGGUACUGAUGUAACGCGUGGACCUUCAAGCCCGAGCGUCUCUCAGUAGUUUGUCCGAUGUGAAAAUAAAGGAAAUAUGUUGACCCUAA